CAAAGCUAGGUCAAAUAAAUAAAAGAAGUUUCCACAUGGCAAAAGUUUAUCAAAUAUUAUUCUUUGCAAGUUGUGUCGUUGCGUACGAAACAGCAAUUCUGAGUAGUAAAUGAUCUCUUUUCUUUUUGAUAAUUAAUCAUUUAUCAUUCUUAUUUGUUUUCUUUCUUUCUAAGGACAAGAUACCGUAAAAGCUAACACGAAAGAAUUUAUUACGACAUUCUACGAAUGGCUAGACAAUGAACAACUUCAACAAUCUAAAAAUGAAAUUAUAGAAAUGUUAAAUUCUGUUUUUCUCUUCGACUUUACAAUUGAAAGGGAAAAGUUUGCAAAUUCUGUCUACAAUCUUUUAAACUCAACGAAUACAGUGCAAUUGAUAAAGAAAUUAGGCGACUAUACGAAUUUAAACGUUAAAAAAGACGCUGGAGAAGCAUUUAAAAUACAGUAUUUCAAUUCUUACAAAAAUUAAGCUACUCUGGAUUGUCGGAAUAUAAAAACUAUCAAGAAAUGAUUAAUACGGUCAACUACGAUUCUGUAACGAAUCUCUUAAUUGAUCUUGAUUCUUGUGAUCCUAAGUACGAAAAUUUACAAACAAACGUAGUGUUAAUGCCUAUUUUAUAUUUUAACGAUGUGAAAGCGCUAUAUCCUCAGAUAGGGAGACGUUUUUCAUACGAUAUAGGUCGUAAAUUUAGUUUUUUUAUUUGUUAUAUUGGCGAAUUUAAGGAGCGUGGCGAAGCGGAAGAAAUUUUUAAAAAUGCACUAUCAUUGUCUGAAAAUGACCUACAAACAUUUAAAAGAAAGAUAGUAGAAACGAGGAAAGAUGAUAAAUUCUACGAAAAUUCAAUUGGUGUAAUAUAUGAUUUCUUUGAAUUUCUCUCUGAAGUUCCCUAUCUUGGAUGCGAUGAAGACAUGAAAGAUCAUACAUUAGCACUAUCCGAAUAUUUUGUAACAAUGAUUAAAAAAUAUGGUGAAGAUUUCCUCAAAUAUUUCGAUAUAUUCGAUGGUUACGACCUAAAUAAGAUUCGAAUAAAUCAGGAGAAUUUGUCUGAUGCAGUAGACUAUUUAGCGAAAAUAAAUCGUUGGGAAAAUUUAUGUAAACAUGGAAGAUGCCCUGGAAAAACUAAUUUUGAUGCUACUCUAUCAAAGUUUUUUAUUGAUAAGGUUGAACUUGUUCAAUUUAAAAAUAUCAAGAAAUUCUUUGUCGCACUUACGGAUAUUUUGAAAGCUUUUAGAAAAACAGAUUUAUUCAAUCUCUUAAGGAUUUCGAAGAACGAAAAACAUUUCGAUUUAAGGGAAAUUCUGUACGACGAUGAUAUAAAUGAAGCAUCACUUUAAUGAAUUAAAUUAUGUUAAGGAUAAAGAAUAAAU